UGGCGCCCAGUUUACAUAUGAGUGACCUUGGGCUAGUUUUUCCGGCAUUUACAUGAGGAUUAAGGUCAUUUGCUUUUCGGGGUGCUUAUUUAGCGUUGUUCGUGCUAUGUAAUUAUUCCAAAUGUCACUAUGGAUGCAGUGAGUCUUAAUCCUCGCCUACUUCGAUACAAUGGAACAUGUCAGGACCCAGAAAUAUCUGAACAAAUAGGGAAAAAGAUCGUUUGCAAUGCAACUCAAAAAUAUACCCCUUAUCAAAUGCAGACUGAAUCGGUACACAACAUUCCGCCUGGUUCAUUUGCUCCUCAUGCACUAAUAAGUUCCACGGUUGACACACCUCCGAUUGCAUCUGUUUGGCUUGAGCAGGGAGAAUACUUUUUUGAUGAUGAAUUUGCAGAGCCUAUGGAUCCACAUCUGCAGGAAGAUAGAGACGAUAACACUAGGUAUCCUUUGAUGGUUCAAUCUAUGGAUUGUAGUCGAAAGCCUCCACCUGAUCUGAUUGGUCAUUCACGUUCUGAUUCUUGCAUAUUUAGUCCAGUCAAUUCACGAGAAAGUGAUCUUAGUGGUUCUAAGAUUGCUGGAAAUCACUUAGCAAACAACAUUAAUCACGAAAACUUUUCAAAUUGUCGGGAUGCUCAGUUGCCAAAUAAUAUAGAACCUAAUAUUCCAAAAAACGCAAAUGAGAGCGAAAAUCUGUGCUUAAAGACAGGCUUUGUUUGUCAGGCAUCAAAUGAGACAAGUGAGGUUGACUUCAAUAAUGAUGCAAGCCAGCGGUUCACCAGUGAAUCCCAAGGGUCUGUUCACUACAAUGCAUCAGGUUCAACCAGCUGGAUGCAUAUGUUGAUGGAGCGUUCUUGUAAUCCUGAGCUGCGAGCUCUUAUCAACCGGACUGCCGCAGCAGUUGAUUACAAAUUAGCUUAUAGUGAUUCCAUCGGAUUGCAGGGCCGACUUGAAGAUAGGUCUUGUUUGUCUUCAAAGCACAAUGUUCCAGGUUUGGUAACAGGCAGUCGUUCUCUAAGUCAGGGUAGUCUUUUGGCUGCCGCUAGCUUAGCGGGUUUACGACAUGCCCUAGAUCAAACAACUCAGUUACUACCGAAACCUACUGACAGAAAUACAGAGCUUUGCUCUGUUGGGGUUUCUGCCGAUCUUAUUUCUGACGCGGUUUCGAUGGAACAUAAGAACCAAGAUUCUUCAACCUCAAAUACGACCACAUGGGCAAAGAAACACGGUAGUCGCGAAAGUCUUAAAAGAAAAUCUCUCAGAUCAACUGACAUGACUGUCUUUCCAUAUCCUACUUUAAGCAAAGAGAAUGAGAUAGAAAGUGACCAUAAAACUACUUGGCAAACUAUCAAAGACGCUAAUGGAGCUUUGAUUACCUGGAACCAACUUAAGCGGGUUGUUAAACGAGCUGAAAGUCUUGGAAAGUCAUCAAGUGUCCGUGAAAGUCGGCGUGACCAACAUGAUCAGAGUGACUCUUUUGUUCCGAAAAUGAAUAUGACGGGUUCAGUCAAAAGCCGCUCACAUUCCCAACCCUUAGCUGGUGCUUCCCACAUGCAUCGGUUCUCAGGGACACUCUUCGAGAUAUUUAUGCAUGCUAGAGCUCAAGAUAUAGCUUCACUGGGUGUUCAUAGUGACUGUUCAGCUGUAGACUUGAAUGCUUCCUUUCCAAAGGGCAACUCUGUUUCUGCCUAUUCAAAUCCUGCUCAUAUAAUACGCCAAGAGGAUUCUGACCGUGCAGAUAUACUAUUGAAUAGAUAUAAUUAUCCUUUAGGAGUAGCCAUGUCACCACGUGUCUCGGGAGCCAGAAAGUCUUAUCUGUUUGCUGGAACGGAUCCAAGGAGGUCAAUUACUGAAAAUGAUAAAUAUUUACUACUACGCAAAGAAAGAAUAUUUCCAAGUAAGGGGAAUAUUCAGUUUUCACCCUUGUACACUAGUGCUGAUGCUGUUGCUCGCUCUAUGCGUAACUUUGGCGCUCAGUUUCCACCUUUAGACGAUUCCAAAAGUGCUUCCUCCAGAGGUCUUCUUAAUAAUCAAAGGAAAACCGGAAAUAUUCAAAACACUUCUCCAAUAUGGUCGACUAAGUUGCCGUUGCGCAAUGGGAGUUCUGCUGCGUACGCCAAUAAUUGUGCGGUACGUCAUAGCCAUCCUCAGCCACUUUAUCUAAGUAGGCCGAUGUCUGCACUUCAUUGUCAUGCCAAUCCUAAGAGGAAUGAAGGAAACAAUAUGCAACAGUCACCGUCCCCCAUCGAGCCUCCUACUAUUGCUGCUUGUCUUACAGCAUCUGCUGGACCAGAUUCACCGUACAUGGCUGCUUUACGCGCUGGUUGUGCUGCUAGAGGGUAUGCAGUUGGUUGGAUCGGCAAUCCGCGAGCGUCAAUAGCUUAUCCUGGGUUAGGUCUUUUGUCAGUCCCUCGCCCCUCGAGGUUAGCUGGAUCUGCUUUCCUUUCCCAUACUUUACCUGAUUUAUCAUUCUUAAGUCAAGCUGGCGCUGAAGAAGAUCGUAAAGGUACACCAACUAUGACCAAACGUCGAGGUUCUUGCUUGUCAACUACACAGUCAAAGAAAAAAUGCACUUGUACUAAGUGUGGAUGUCGAUCUACAUCUGCUGGUCGAGUUUUCUCUAAGGGUACAUGUUCAAAUAAACCACCCAAGUUGCAAACGUCUAAAAUACAAUCUGACCAAAAUAAAACCCUCUGUCGUAACUUUAAAGAUACUGAACAAACAAACACUCCGGAUAUCAUAUCCACCAUCAAUAGACCAAAAUCAAAUAAUGUCAAUAUUUGUACAGAAGUGCAGACAACAACCCAGAGUCGAUUACAUUGUCCUGAAACCAUUGAACGUUGUUCGACGUCUGAACCGGAUUUAGUAAACAGUUCAAUUUCUUCUAGUAAAGUCAAUCAACCAAUGUAUGGAUCAGUCGAUAGUGAUUCAUCAUGGAUUGGUUCUACUUCUACUACUCGAAAAUCUCACGAACAUCAGAAUAACUAUGAUUACAACAAUAACAAGAAUGCAUCGGAAAUAGACGAAUCACUUAGUUUGAAUUCACGACCAAAAAAAAGUGUUAGUUUCAGUGGAAAUAUUCGUUUAUUACAACUGAAUUCCAAGGAUUCUCAUCAUCAUUACAGUGAUACAUCAACACAACAAUCGCCUGAACCCAAAGUAAUCCCACGAAAUUGGGGUUUAUAUGGUCAAGAACAACCAUUGGCUGAAUUUAAUCCACGUUGUAGUCCAAGUUUAGAUGGUGAAAAAAAUGGAAAAUCAACUCAUCACUCUGAUAUUGAUGUUAGAUAUCAUGCAAUGGUCAAUGAUGUAAUCAAAGCAGUUCAAGAGACCGUUGCUUAUUAUUGCAAUCCAAAUAUGAAUUUAAAAAAUCAUGAAGAAUUAAAUGGUCAUAGUUUAUUGGCUAAUACGUCGUUACCUUAUUCAAAAGUUGAAGCGAUUGGCUCUUCUGGAAAACAACCUCUUUUAGCAGUUAUACCUCCUCUAACUAUUCUACUUUGUGAUGGUCUACUUCCACCAUCGAAACCGAUUUUCACUUCACGACCACGUACACGUUUAUGGCAGUUAGUUGAAGAAAGUUGUAGACCAGGCGCAUUGCCUACCGGUGUAGCUUAUCAUGUAUUGAAUGAUGCUAUUAGUCAAGUGAAAGCGUUGACUAACAUCACAUUAGAGAAAACAAAAUUUAAAGGAUUCAUAUGUGCUUGUUUAAACGCAAAAGCUUUACCAAUGUGGUUAAAUGCACUUGUAGCCAAUGAUACAUUAUUACGAAGAUUUUAUUGUGAAAACGCAUUCAUACGCCAAUGUCGUGCUAGUCAACGUGAACUACACGCUGAUCUAAUGACACAUUUAGAACAAUUAUUAGCAUUCCCUUUUAAUCUAGAUAUAUCAGUUGAAGUACGUAAACCAUUCGUUGAUUCACAAUUGGUAAAUAAUAAUUUGACCAAACCCUCUAUUCCAUCAACAUAUAUGACAACUAAUUCUAAACAAUUGAAUCAAUCAAAUCAUGGAAUCGAAUCAACAGCUGUGACAAAUAACAAGACUGGACGUUCAAAUAUUCCUCCUGCUACAGUUGUCACUCGUCGACAAAUGAUUUUCCAUGGUAAUUCCAAUAAUAAUAAUACUAGUCGUAUUCCGUCAGUAUCAUCACCUAUACAAACAACAACAUUAUCUUCAACAAAAUCUUCAAAUACCACAACAUCAUCAUCAUUGUCAUCAAAUAAUCACUGUUAUCCUCAACAUCAUCUUCCUAAUCAACGUCCUAUACCGUCAAGACUACCGUCUGCUUCAAAAUCUAAUCUACGUUCAAAUGGUUGUAAUAACUCUGACGUAAAUAGUGUUUGUUUAUCUACAGAAACUGGAUCAAUUCAUCCUAAAACAACAAAUUCUGAAAAUCAAAUAAGUUCACAAGCUGUAGUACGUAGUGGUCGAUUUAAAAACGCUUUGUCUAAUCUACGACGUAGUAAUGGUGGCAGUGGUAGUGGUUCACAUGUUUCGAAAUUAAAUGCUCGUACUUUAUUAAAUACACCAUCUAAUUCGUCUAUAUUAAACAAUAGUAACAAUAAUAAUAAGCUUAACAAUAUAUCUCAAAUGACUGAUUCCCAGCGACGUACUACUACUACUACUAACGCUACUACAUCGCGCCAAUUAGAAAUGUGCAAAGCAAAUCCGACUAGGAGUCAAUUGCAAAAGCUUAAGCCAUCGUCAAAUUCGAAUAUUUCUACAGGAGGAGAUAGCAGUGGUAAUAUGGGACAUCAUUAGCUUGGUUUCUUGUUAUUUGUCAAAAUAUGUACAUUAUAAUUACAACGAAAUAUGUUUGUGUGGAUAUGUUUGUAUGUUAUAAAAUAAGCUAAAUGAUAAAGAGAAAAAAACAGGCCUCAAUCUACUAUCAGUAAAUUACAUCCCGGUCGCAUUUAGAAUUUAAAUAUAUCACUGUCCUUUCUCUUUCAUCUUUUUGUUAGUAAUUUCUUUGUAUGCUUUUCUUCAGUUUUCGUGUAGUUCCUUUGUUGUAUUCUUCUGCUUAUCUGUAUUGAACUCUUGAACUUUUUUUGUGUCCUCAUAGCAAGCGUACACAUAUGUAUGCACCAUAAACUUUUCACUAUCAUAUUUGAAUGGUUCAGAAAAGUGACAUUUCCAUCUGUCAAUUUCUAGUAUUGAUAUUCAAAGAAAUAAGAAUCUUGUCUCCCUUCUUCGUAUUGCAUUGUUGUUAUUGUUAUUAUUAUCAUCAUUAUUUUAUUGCUUUAUUUGGCAUUUACUGUAUUCUACAGUUUUUAACUUUCUUAUGCUAACUGAUAAACUGGAUGCUUCCCAGACCUAUUAUUAUCUUCGCUACUCUCAUUUGGCACUUCUUACUCUCCAUUUACUUUUCUCUCUCAAUCAUCUGUCUCCUAUGAUUUUUUCUAGCUUCAUAGAAGUGCGAUACUAGUAUAUAUGUGUGUGCUUGUAUAUUCAUUCUUUAUUUGUGACUGAUUGCUUCUUCAUCUUUAUUCCACUCUCCACUUUCCCAUCCAAACAACUUAUUUGCGCCAUAGUUAUAUUUUUAUUGUAUUUCUUGCUUGGUUUUUUCUUUUGUGUGACAAUUUCCGUUUGGUUUUCACAGUUCACUCAUAUAUGUGUUUCUGUGUAUGCAUGUUUAUGUGUUUUUAUAAUGUCCUUCAAAGCGUUAUCUUGAUAAGCAAUUAAAAUGUGAAACGGUUGAUUAUCAUUAUUUACUGCUUGUUUCUUUCUGGCAUAAAAUCGAUCAUGACAUUUUAUUUAAUGUAAUUUAUUAUUAUUCUUUCUUCAAUGGGUGCUAAUUUAUAGUUGCUUUAAUGUGUAUAUGAAUAAUGUCAAUUCAUCAGUCUUAAAUUUGGCUUUCAGUUUCGUAUAUUAUUCCUUCUGUUCUUAUUAGUCAUAUGGGUAUAUCUUCAAUUAUCGAUUAGGCAUUAUUCGGUUCACAAAAAUACAUGUAUGCGAUUAUAUUAUAAUGGUACGAUGACUCAUCACAUUGCACUGAAUUUUCUCUCUCUCUCUCUCUGUCUCUGUUAUCCACUAGAUGUUCAGUCCUUCAUUAUUUCUUGUAUGACGUUAAACAUAAUGAUUAUCAGCUCUUUUUUUGUCUAUCCACGUAAUUAAUUUUACGUCGUUAACGUAUUACUACUAAGGCCGGCGAUAAUGUUGAUGAUGAUGAAACAUUUUCUUAUUCCUUUUUUAACAUAAAAUUGAUGUGGGUUAGUUGACUGGUUGGUGGGAGCACACGAAAAAUCACAUCUGAAUGUGUAUUCUGUGUGUAUUUAUUUAUCAAAACAAUAUUUUCUGUGCUAAAUUUGUCUUUCAUCUUAUAUUAUAUUGAAUAAAGCCAUUGAUAAUAUUAAUUUGUUCAUUUAUUUAUCUCAUUUAAUUUUUGUUUUGUUUUUUCAAAAAUAGUAUUGUUCUCUUUGCCAGUUAUUGGAUAAUUAUAAAUAUUGUGAAAAGAAAAUGCAAGUGAUAAACUCAUACUAACUGGUGACAUUAAUUAAACUAUUCAACAUUCAAUUAUUUAUUUAUUUAUGCGCCUACUCAACAAUUGGUUUAUAUUUUCAAUUUUACUCAUAAUAUCACUUUUAUGGUAUAAUUCAAAGUUAUCUAUCAUUUUAAACAAAGGAAUUCCAAUGUCUUUUGUUUAUAAAUGAUGUUUUCCCGUAAUUUUUGUCUUUUAAGUGUUUUUUUUUCUUCUCUUUCUUCAAUUACUUUUGAUUUGUGCUUUUUUUCCUCUUUUUUUUCAAUGUUGUUUUGUUUCUCUCUUUUAUUUGUCAUGAUUUGUUUCUUUUUUUCCCUUUAUUUAUUGAAUAAAAAUUGUAAAAACAUUGUUUUUCACCUGUUCAUCAUCUCUGUGGGUUUUUUUUGUUUUGUUUUUCAUUUGUUCUAUACUUUUGAUUAGAAAUUAUGCUAAUUAUUAACAUUUUCCAUCAUGUGCCUGUGUAACAGUAUGCGAUCAUUAUUAACCAACUAAAAAAACACAUCCCUACUGUCAACUCACUAUCAACUGUUCUCAUUAUGAUCAUUGCUUAUGAUACAACAAUUAACAGGUUUUCUUUUUGAUCGUCUGUUUCCACUGAAUUAUUGCUUGUUUUUGCGGAUAUUAUUCUUUUUAACUAACUGUUCAUUUCUUUAAUAGUGUAAUUUAAUAGAAGAGUAAAGUGUGAUAAAUUAUUCUCUUUAAUAAUGUAUGUAUUUCAGCAUGUGUAAAAUUAUGAACUGAGGUUGUUUGGUCGCCUGUAUUUACGGUUUAUGUCCAAAUUUUCUAUCAUUAUCAUUUGAAGUUAUAUACAAAACUUAUGAUAAACAGCAUUAUUUGUUAUUUGUGAUUGUUUAGUCUAAUCAAUCUCGAGUAAAAGAGAAAAAAAAAUAGAUUAGAAGUUUUAUGUGAAAUGAUAAUGUUGGUUUACUUCACUAAAAGAAAAUUUAUAAAUACAUAUAUACAUAUUUCUUAAUCAAUUAUUGUUUUCAUUCUAUUGCCUUUUGCUUGUAUUCAAUAUUGAAAAGUAGUUGGGAUUGUUGUAAUCGGUUGAUUGUUUGUUUAAUGAAUUGAGGAUGUUUGUAUUACUAAGUAUAUUAUUAUUUUUUCGCUUUCUUUUUGAUAGUUUGAUUUUAUACUCAUGUAUCUUAUGAGUAUUGUUUUAUUUAAGUGAUUUUAUCCAAAUUUCAGUUGGUUAAAGUAAGCAUCAUCUUAUAUCUAUGGGAUAUUACUGUCGAGUGAAUUAGUUAGUUUGUUUAUUUUGUUACUGUGUUAACGUGAUUGAAUUUCCCCUCCCCUAAAUCCAUAUCCAUUUGCUUUCAUAUUUACAGUCAUAAAUUAUUGUUUCAGAUUGAUAAUGGACUAGUGUAGUACUAGUUUACAGUUACUGGCGAACCAAGUACAAGUUUAAUAUACUUCGUUAAUAUAUAGUCUCUUGAUAAUAUCGGGCAGUUUUAAAUGAAACUAAUGAAGUGGGAUUCAAACAUGCAACUCGUUGACUCAUAUUCAAAUAAAUGACCUAGUAAACCAUCAUUUAUUUAUCUAGUUAAACGCAUAAACAUUAGUACAAAGGGGAACCAAAAUAUAUGUUUCCUACACAAAUCAUUGAGUUUGUAUGUGGGCUGGGAUACUGCUGGAGUUCUCAGUGGGCCACUCCCCAACUCCACCCAGAGGUCUAAUCCACAAAGCAAUGGAGCAACAUUAGGAGAUGCAAUCCCAUGGUAGCCGGUGACCAACAAUAGGUUCAAGCUACAGGGAUUCGAGUUAACAAUCCAAAUCUUUGUGUUCAAAAGAAAUUCUUAACACCUCUAUCUCUUCCUUGAUCCAGUUAGCUUCAACGAACGAUUUUACGAUUACUUUCCAUGCUCUUUGUUCGUUCAUUUUUCUUCAUGCCCCUUUUUUCUUAAUAUAUGCUUCACUAUCUAGUUAUCUCAACACUUAUUACGUAAUUUUAUAAUUUUUAAUGAAUGUUCAUUAAGGACUUAUUGUUUCGUAGAUUUCCUGAGUUGUGACUUUUCGGAUCAAAAAGCAUGUGAGAAGUGAAACAAUUUUUCCAUGGUAACAGUUUGUGAUAGUGGCACAAUAUCUCUGACUGACUGGAGUGAAAAUUGCUAAUUCUUAUUAUCUUUUGCCCUGACACAUUGGUACACAUUGGUGAACCAAAUAAUGUAUUAAAUAAAGCGAUGAUAUUGUGAGGAAAUAAAGAUGAGGAGAGUCGUAUAUUUAAUAAUUAAAUGGAAAAAAGUGGUGUUUAGUGAGAGGUGUUAUUCAGUUCAAAAUACGACCAGCAGGAAUUUCUUCCAGGUAAUGAAAUUCGUCUCACUAUUAUGAUAGUUUAAUGGAAGAUUAGAAUAGCUUUCAUUCCGAGUUAUAUCUAAUAACGUCCUAAACCACUAAGUUGUACCACCUCCCAAACACACUGUUCAAAAGUCUAGAAGUCAGCUGCCCAUUGCUCAUUGGCUUCCAUAGGUUCCCCACUUAAUAUUAAGUUAUAAUAGGAUCCACCUUUAAUAAGUUUCUUCACGAACUUGAUUCUUGACCAACAGAUAAAUGAAACAGUAUAAGAGUGAGUUAAUACAAUUUAUUUUUUCCCUAAACUUUAUUAAUUUUCACUUAUCAAAUAAGUUCCUAUCAUCUGUUGAAUAUUCUUCUAAUCAAAUUUGGCUCUUUAAAUAUAAAGUAAUUUCCAAAUAUCCAAUUUCAUUAAGGUCAAUAUGAUACUUUUUAUUUUUUUUAAAAAAAAGUAAUUCAAUUUAACCUUGAUUCGAAGAUCAUUUCUUUCUAGUGUCAAUUAAGUGAUAAUUCAAUGAUCAAUUAGAAGUGUCAAUAUCUGGAUAAUUGACUUAAAGUUCAAAUUUUAAUGAACUGAUUGAAUGAGUUGACCCGAUUUACUCAACGUUUGUUUGUCUUUUUUUACCGAUUAGCGUGACAUCAAGCAACAAACAAUGCACUCUUUUUAAUAAUUUAGUUUAAAAUACCAUUUUAUGUAUAAAUUCUCAAUUGAAUCUAUUUCUGAAUAGAGUUACAAUAGUUUCAAUUGUAGAUGUUAUUUGUUAUAGAUUAGUCUCAAUAGAGAUGUCAUUGUAAACUAAGGUACAUUGUACAUCUGUUCUAUAGUAGCAUGUCAUUAAAUUUAUUUUAGUUCUACAAGUUAACAUACCUAUUGUAUUCGCUUGAUGAGUAGUCAAUUAUUAAGGUAAACAGUUUGUAUAGGUUGUUGGAUUUGAUAGUUUACAAAACUAUAAAAUUAUCUAAUAAUCAAACUGUAUAUAUUAGGCUUUUAAUGUUUAUAACAUUUCACAUUAUAUAGUAAGUUGAUGGCCGGUAAGAGUAGAGGAUAUUCGUAGGUUACUAGUAUUUGAUCAUAGGUGUCUUCGUAACAUUGCUCGUAUAUCCUGGGACCAUCGAGUAAGUAACGCAGUUGUUAGGAAACGGGUACUAAGUGAGGAUGGCAAAUCCAUUGAUGACGUAGUGAAACUUCAUCAGUUGAAAUGACUGGGACGCGUGUUACGUAUGCCCAACCACCGACUGCCUCGGCGUGCGAUGUUCAGUGGUAUAGGAGUAGGUUAGAAGAAAGCUAGGGGAGGCCAGACCAAAACAUGGCACAAGUCCAUGAAGUCACUGACAAGUGGACUGAUUCAUGUUGGUAGGUGAAGACUACCUUGUUCUUCCCAAUCGUUGCUUUCGAUUUUCGUACAGAAAAUUGACUGACUGAAACUCAGUUACUAAGUUUCAUCGAAAUUAUUCAUUUAGUUUGAAGUCAUUUCUUGAUAUAAAAAAACUACCUACUUAAAAUCAUUACCUUCAAUAAUACACUACUGAACUAUAUUGUGGAGAUGAACCUCGUGAUACCCUGAUGGGGUGUCAUUAUUACUAGGUUGCCACAAUUAUAAGUAAAUCAAAUUACUUGAGACUAAGGACUUUAUUAUUUAAGAAACAAAAUCAAUAGUUACGAGACAUUGGUUUUUGGAUUCAUCGAUAAUCUGUUGCUAUGGCCCAUGCGUUGUGAUUUCGAAACCAUAACGAGUGGGAAGUGAGAGAUUUUACGCAUUACUCAGAUAUUUUUAAAUAAGAAUAAAAUGUUGGUCUCACGCUUGUUACCAAUUUGUCAAGCAAUAUCUUCUACUUUAAUCAGAUCCGUGGUCGAUGAAAUAACCAACAAAGUGAAUGGCGUAAUGAAUGUUUUUAUAUAAUGAGUAGUCAGUUGUCUUAAUUUGUAUGUACAUUAUUGUUUUUAAAAUAACUUGGAAUCAUUUUGUGAUGUCACCUGAUCGUAUUUAAUUGAGUAUUUUGCACGUAAUCAUCAAACGUUAAUCAUUUGAAGUUUGUAUCUUUGUUGGAUGCAAAGUAUUAGGUGACAACUGCAAAAUGAUGGACUAGAUAAUAAAUCUUCAUCGACUAAGUUUCUUGGGAUGUAUACUACAUACACCUAACUAUUGCCUACCUCGACACGUGAUUUCUGGUGUAGGAAUAUGUUAGGAGAAAGCUAAGGGCUGUCAGUCGAAAAUGUAGUAUCAGUUCAUACAGUCAUUGACUACUUGACUGAGCUAUGUUGACGCGUCCAGACUACCGGACUGGUAUCCGCGCGACUGUUGUAACCAGUGGUUGGAGAUAUACUGCUAUAUGAUCUAGAAUCGGUCUAAAUGGUGCACAUACAUUCAUUCUUUAUCUUCCCUGAGAUCUUGAGUUUAAAAUCAUCGACUAUUUCUUUAAAAAAUCUAUUUUUUUUACUAUCAAUGAUACAAUUUAUUUUUGUAUUGGUUGCGUCUCCGUAAUCAUUCAAGUUUUCUAAAUUUGUUAUUGUCUUUUAUUUAGAGUGAGUAUACAAGGAACUUCAAAUUUUAAGAUAACGAUUAUAUCAUAGUAACACGAAAGAUUGAAAGAGAAUUUGUAUUCACACCAAUUAAAUGAAAGAUCGAAAAACUGGAUUAAAUAAGUCCUUUUUCAUAUGUCAGCACUGUUAAAUUACAGUUUAACAACUUAUUGACUAUUCAUAACUACGUUGCUCAUUUUGAACAUGGUCACUGGUUUAAACAAAUAUUUUUUAUGUUUAGCAUUAACACAUUAUGACUUUUUUGCUUGUCUAGUCUAGAAGACAUUUCUGGCAAUAGUAGACAAAAAUAAACAGACAAAGAAAAUUUGAUACCCAAAGUUAUUUAUUGUGGAAUAAAGAUUCAGUAUAAGGAGUAAAAUGUCAUAGUGAUCUACUAUGAGGUUAAAUAGAGCAAUAUGGGAAAAUAUUUCGAUUAUGCGACAACAAAAAAUGAAAAUACUCUUUCUUUUAAUAGAAAAGACAUUGGAAAACAUUCGAGCUUAAUUAGUCUUUUGUAAUCUACUCCAGCGUUGGGUGUUAUGAUGGUUCUAUACUUGUCCACCCAAUUGAUACAGGAAACCAUGUUAACGUAAGCAAAACCUUUCAAACUAUCCACAGCAUAAGCUUUUUGGUUUAGCUAUACAUGUUGUAAACAUAGUUGGAGCUGUCGGUGUUUACUUUAAAAAAUCUUAUUUUUAUAUGCAUAACAAAUUCUGUUUACGUCGGUCAUUAUAAUAGUAAACAUCAUGUGUGGGUUACAAAUGACUAACUACACUCUCUCAUCUGCCAAAUAAAGCAACAGUUCAGUAGUUAAAACACUGAAUUCUCGUCCUCUAGAAUGUGGGAUUGAAUCCUAUUCUAUCUACUACAUUUUAUUCAAUCAAAUAUCACUAGAUCUUAUACAUACACAAAAGUUCGGCGAAUAAGUUGAAUAGAAACAAAAGUGACAAGACCAUAAUAAUUAGAAAAUGAAUGAGAUUGAUUCCAAACAAAUGUACCGUAUUUUGAUUGCUGUAUCGAUCGAGCACUAUUUCUCUAUUCAUUUUAUGCUUUUGUUGCUAAUGUAACGAUCAUUUUGUACUUAAAAGUUGCACCGUCUAUAUCAAGUGUCCGUUAACUCUUUAUAUUGUUCUUUUCAUAAGUAAUUAUCACUUAGCUACAAUAUCCUACCUUAUUCUUAUAAACAUAAGAAAUCAAAUCUCUUAGUAUUUUCAUACAAUUUGUCAAACAUUGAAAGACAUUUCACUAAGGACCAAUACUAUCCAGUGAGAUUUUUUGAAAAGUCAGACAAUAUUAAAUAUUUCUGUCAUUCUAGUUUGAAAACAUCCUCAGUUGAACAAAAAUAGAACCUUUACCAGGAAUCAAACUUAAGAUCUCACUAGUGAUUGACUUCAGGAGACACUCCUGGAGUUCUAGUGAGAAGUCGUUACCAGUGGAGUUCAACCAGGUCUGUUGUGAGAUAGGAACUCGCUGAAGACAAUGGUGUACGGUGACGCAACUUCGUGGAUUGGUUGAAGUUAGACAUUAACACCGUUGGAUGCCGGCUUAGUGGUCUAAUGGUUAAAUGCUCGCGCGCGAAACCAGGAGGUCCUGGAUUCGAAUCCCGCGAGGUGCCGGGUCGUGGAUGCGCACUGCUGAGGAGUCCCGUACCAGGACGAAACGGCCGUCCAGUGCUUCCAGGUUUUCCAUGGUGGUCUAGCUUCAAUUGACUCAUGAUUUCAACUUGUUAAGAUCUUUAGUUUAUACAGUAAAACAAAUCAUUUUAAGACUAUUGAAUUAGAAUAUAUAUAUGUUCAUCUGUAGUCGAUAAUUAUAUCUCCGUUAUUACUAUUCUCAAUGUGUAAAUAAAAUCCACAAAUAAUAAAAUAAAUUGACUAGAAAAUCAAUUUGAAUAAAGAUUACAUUGUUUCUCUUAAAGUAAAAUGUAAAAGUCGGCAAAAAUAAUAGAAAACGAAUUGAUUAAUUAAUUAACUUUUUUUUUGUUUUUCUCAUUGUAUGUUUU